AUGGCCCAGUGGUUACCCGGCCAUGGCCCAGUGGUUACCCGGCCAUGGCCCAGUGGUUACCCGGCCAUGGCCCAGUGGUUACCCGGCCAUGGCCCAGUGGUUACCCGGCCAUGGCCCAGUGGUUACCCGGCCAUGGCCCAGUGGUUACCCGGCCAUGGCCCAGUGGUUACCCGGCCAUGGCCCAGUGGUUACCCGGCCAUGGCCCAGUGGUUACCCGGCCAUGGCCCAGUGGUUACCCGGCCAUGGCCCAGUGGUUACCCGGCCAUGGCCCAGUGGUUACCCGGCCAUGGCCCAGUGGUUACCCGGCCAUGGCCCAGUGGUUACCCGGCCAUGGCCCAGUGGUUACCCGGCCAUGGCCCAGUGGUUACCCGGCCAUGGCCCAGUGGUUACCCGGCCAUGGCCCAGUGGUUACCCGGCCAUGGCCUAGUGGUUCCCCGGCCAUGGCCCAGUGGUUGCCGGAAGUCCAAUUAA